AUGAGCAAAAACAACUUCGACAGACCCAUCGGGCCUAAAGAAGCACCGAGGCUAUCAGAAUAUAAUUUCGGCAUCGAUGCCUCUGCUAUCGUGUCCGCCAUCAGAUACAUCAAAGAUACCAAAUGGCCUCGACCUUUGCAAUCUGAUCUAACCCAAAGGGAUCCUAACCUUAUGUGCAAAUAUCACGACAUUCAUGGUCACAGAAUGGAAGAUUGUCGACAAUUAAGGGAAGAGGUAGCCCGGUUGUUCAACAAUGGGCAUCUCCGAGAAUUCCUCAAUGAUCGGGCCAAGAUCCAUUUUAGGAACAUGGAUUCUAAUAAACAAACUAAACCAGAGGAACCUCAACACGUCAUAAACAUGAUCAUUGGUGGGUUCGACAUCCCCCGGGGAUCAAUGCUAAAGCGUACCAAACUUUUCAUCACAAGGGAGAAACGGACUCGAGAUUACUUACCGGAAGGAACCUUGUCGUUCAACGAAAAAGAUGAAGAGGGGAUCGCACAACCCCACAACUAUGCACUGAUCGAGGGUCGUGGAAUAACUCAACCUACAAGAUCAGAUCGUACUGCUGUCCGAGUCCUAAAUGGGUUCAAUAUGGCCUGUGAGACCACUAAAGGGGAAAUAAAAUUACCGGUGAACGUCACCGGAACCAUUAAGGCAGACAAGUUCUAUGUAAUUGAAGGGGAUAUGAGAUACAACGCUUUGCUCGGAAGGCCAUAUAUUAACAACAUGAGGGCAAUACCCUCGACAUUGCACUAG